GUUGCGGGGGUCACAGGAGGCAGCCAGCGUGCAUAGAUCUGCUGCAGCACGCUCCCUCUGCAUGAUCAGCUCAUGCACAAGAUCUCUUCCAGCUCUCAGGAGGACUCACACGGACAAGAAAACUUCCACCCAGGGCUUUACUUUGAUUUCCUGUUGUGGACGAGAGCCAGACGCGUGGAUGGUUAUGUUUGACGAGGAGCCCUCGCCGCCGUCAGACCAGUCAAAUGUGACAGCCAUGCCCUCCGUCGCCAUGGAGACCAACAACAACAUGGCCGCUACAGCGGAGGUGAGCCCGCCGCCACCUGAAGGCCUUUCGGAGAAUGACAGCGGCGUGGAGCUGACUAAUGAGAACAGCCCACUGAACGCGGCUGAACCACCAUCCCCCUUCAGCCCCAAACUGAGCGGGGGUGCCGCAUCGCCUCAAGAUGGUAAUGUGUGCUUGGAAGGAGGCGGGGGCAGGGCCAGGAAGAGGUCCAGCGAGGAGGACUCAGCCUGGGACUCCUACAGCAAAGACCAGUCUUCAGCAACGUCUCAGCUGGCUUUGAGGGAAAGGCCACGACCUCGAACCAUCUUCCAGGCCGGCCUGACGCCGCACGCGAAGCGUCGCAGACACUCUCGCAAACACGAGCAUGUCACGGCAAUGCGUGCGCGAGCUUCUCGGGUGGUCUUGUCCACCGGGGUCCCUGAGGCGCCCCAGCUGGAGCUGAUGGAACAAGACUCCAAGGACUCGGCCCAGAGCGGCAGCACCUUAUCCAGCUGUGACACGCAAGUGGAAUACAAUGACAACAAGGGUUUCAGCAUCGGCGAGCUGGUGUGGGGGAAGAUCAAGGGCUUCUCCUGGUGGCCCGGCAUGGUGGUGACGUGGCGCGCCACCGGCAAACGCCAGGCCAGCCACGGCAUGAGGUGGCUCCAGUGGUUUGGGGACGGAAAGUUCUCAGAGGUUUCCGCGGACAAACUGGACUCCAUCACGGCUUUCCCGAAGUUCUUCAGCCAGGCGUCCUACACCAAGCUGGCAUCCUACCGUAGGGCCGUCUUCCAAGCUCUGGAGAUGGCCAGCAUCAGGGCGGAGAAAAAGUUCCCUCCCUGCGAGUCGGACAAUCCCGACGACCAGGUGAAACCCAUGCUGGACUGGGCACAUGACGGCUUCCUGCCGAAAGGCGAGGAGGGACUCAAACCCACGCACAGCGCAGACAACAGCCCUCUAGGCCUUCAGGUCCUGGACGUAUCCCUGCCAGAGUACCCCCCCAGUGCCAAGCGGCCCAGAAUCAGCGUGUGCAAGACCAAGGUGGGCCCCGAAGAAUCCUACAGCAGAGAACAAAUGGUCAAUGAAGUGCUUAAGAACAAAAGAAGUAUAGAAGAUUUCUGCCUCUCCUGUGGGAAGAUGAGGGCAGCGACCUUCCAUCCGCUCUUUGAAGGAGGCCUGUGUCAAACAUGCAAGGACGUGUACCUGGAGACAUCCUACAUGUACGACGAUGACGGCUACCAGUCCUACUGCACCGUCUGCUGCGGGGGGCGAGAGGUUCUGCUGUGCGGCAACGCCAACUGCUGCAGAUGUUUCUGCGUGGACUGUUUGGACAUCCUGGUGGAUCCAGGGGCAUCGAACAACGCACGCUUCCUCGACCCGUGGCGAUGCUACAUGUGUCAGCCGCUGCUUCAGUACGGCGUCCUCAAACGACGGCACGACUGGAGCGUCAAACUGCAAGAGUUCUUUGGGAACGACAAUGGCCAAGAGUUUGAAACACCAAGGAUUUACCCAGCAGUCCCUGCAGAGCAGAGGCGACCAGUCCGAGUCCUCUCCCUGUUUGACGGCAUCGCAACAGGCUACCUGGUCCUGAGAGAUCUGGGCUUCAAGGUGGACCAGUACGUGGCAUCCGAGGUGUGUGAGGACUCCAUCUCUGUCGGCGUUGUCCGACACGAAGGAAAGAUCCAAUACGUCCACGAUGUCCGAAACAUCACCAAGAAAAACAUCCUAGAAUGGGGACCAUUUGAUCUGGUCAUCGGGGGAAGUCCAUGCAAUGACUUGUCUAUUGUCAACCCAGCAAGGAAGGGCCUCUAUGAAGGUACAGGGAGGUUGUUCUUUGAGUUCUACCGUCUGCUGAGCGAGGCCAAGCCCAAAGAGGGAGAGAACCGACCUUUCUUCUGGAUGUUCGAGAAUGUGGUCGCCAUGGGUGUCAAUGACAAGAGGGACAUUUCUCGAUUCCUGGAGUGUAACCCUGUGAUGAUUGACGCUAUUGAGGUCUCUGCCGCCCACCGUGCUCGAUACUUUUGGGGGAACCUGCCGGGCAUGAACAGGUGGGCAAACAGCUCCAAAAAUGUAUACAUUUAUACAGUACAUAAUGGUACAUGUACAUGUGCGUUUGGCAGACCUCUGUGCGCUUCUGGGAUGGACAAGCUGGAGCUGCAGGACUGUCUGGAACAUGGCCGAGUGGCAAAGUUUGGAAAGGUGCGCACCAUCACCACACGCUCCAACUCCAUCAAACAAGGAAAGGAUCAGCACUUUCCUGUCCUGAUGAACGGCAAGGAGGACAUCUUGUGGUGCACGGAGCUGGAGAGGAUCUUCGGCUUCCCGGUCCACUACACAGACGUGUCCAACAUGGGUCGAGGUGCUCGGCAGAAACUCCUUGGCCGGUCCUGGAGCGUUCCUGUCAUCAGGCAUCUUUUUGCACCACUCAAAGACUUCUUUGCCUGCGAAUAGAUACCACCCAGCACAUACACACUGUCCAUCAUCAGGAAAUAGACACCACCCAGCACCAGAAUAUGCGCCAUCGGUCACCAGAAAAUACACAUCACGGAAUCUUAGCAAACAGCCGUCACCCAUGACAAGAGACACCACUUGUCACCAAGACAUAGACACCAUCCAUCACCAGCAAAGAGACAGUUGUUACCAGCAAAUAGACAUUAUCCAUUACUAUAAAAUAGCUGCUAUCACUGAAAAUACACAACACACAUUAGCAGCAAAUAGAUGCCACCUGUCACUAGGUAAUAGACUUACCUGCCACCAGGAAAUACCCACCCUGUCAUCAGUGAAUAAAUGCCACCCAUGACCAAGAAGUGCAACCUGUUGCCAGGAAAUAGACACCACUCAUCACCAGCAGAUAUGUAGACACAGCCUGUCACCAGAAAAUAGGCGCUAUCACCAGAAAUCAAACCCACCAGGAAAUAGAUGCAACUUGUCACCAGUAAAUAAACACCACCCAUGACCAGCAGAGACACAACCUUUUACCAGCAAAUAGCUGCUACCCAUUAUUUGAAAAUAGUUACUAGAAAAUAGUUUAUAUCACCAGGAAAUACACAACGCCUACACAAACAAAUACACCAACAAAUAGAUUCCACAUUUCACCAGGAAAUAAAAUUCACCUGCCACCAGGAAAAAGACACAAGCAGUCAGCAAAUAGGUGCCACCCAUUACCCACCCACCAGAAAACACACAACGUCCAUCUAUCCAUUUUCUAUACCUCUUGUACUCACUGGAGUCACGGGUAUGCUAGAGCCUAUCCCAGCUGACUUUGGGCAAGAGGCAGGUUACACCCUGGAAUAGUUGCCAGUCACAGACCCAUCACCAGUAAAUAAAUAACACCUGUCACCAAGAAAUAGACACCACCCAUUACUAGCAAAUAGUUGCUAUCACCAGUAAAUAGAUCCACCCAUUACCAGCAGAGCUAGGCAACCUGUUACCAGCAAAUAUUCACCACCAUCCACCAAUGGAAAUUAUACAUCACUCGACCUUAGUAAACAGGCACCAUCCAUGACAAGAGACUACAACCAUCACCAGCAGAGAGGCACUAGUUACCAGCAAAUAGACACCACCCAGUACUGGAAAAUAUUUGCUAUCACAAGGAAAUAGACAUCACCCAUCAAAUAGACACCACCCAAAACCAGGAAAUAAACACCAUCCAGAACCAGAAAAUAGAUACCUACCAAUAGCAGUAUAUUGUUACCAUUCAUCAACAGCAAAUAGACACUGCCGCCACCAGAAAAUUUACAUCACCGCCAAUCUUAGCAAACAGGCCCCACCCAUGACAAGAGACGCCACCUGUCAUCAGGAAAUAGUCAGCAUCCAUCACCAGCAGAGAGAGACUUUCUACGAGCAAGCAAACGCCAGCCAUUACUAGCAAAUAGUUGCUAUCGCCAAGAAAUAGACACCACCCAUCACCAGCAGAGAUAGACAACCUGUCACCAGUAAACAGAAGCAACCCAUAACCAGAAAAUAGACACCUACCAAUAGCAGCCAAUUGUCACCAUUCACCACGAGAGCCACCCGACAAGAGAUGCCACCUGUGACCAGGAAAUAGACACCAUCCAUCACCAUCAAAUAGACGCCAUACAUUACUAGAAAAUAGUUGCUCUUACUAGAAUAUACACAACACUCAUCACCAGCAAAUAAUGCCACCUGCCACCAGGAAAUAGACAGCACUCAUCACCAGCAGAUACUGUAGAAACAACCUGUCACCAGCAAAUAGGCGCUAUCACCUGAAAUCAGACUCACCACCGGCCAAUAGAUGGUGCAAAUAAACACCACCAGACACCAGGAAAAUACACACACUACCAAUACAAGACUGACCCCCCCCCCCCCCCCCCCCCCAUUACCGUAAAAAACAGCUUUUCCUUUUUAAGUUCCAUUGUUGUUCAGUUACGUGUUAGCGUCGUUAGUGUGUAUCGUUGUUUGUGUAGACCAAAGUUGACAGCUGCUACUUUGAGGAUUGAGUCCAAUUACGUUGUAGCGUUGCUGAUGACGACAUAGUGCGCCUCGUCAUUGAAUACUAAGAAUAUGGAAGGAAACUCAGUGGUGAGUUUUUCCCAAGAGAACAACUCAGUAGGAACCACUGACGGCAACACAAGCUUAGCAGACUGGAGGCUAGUGUUAGUUUUAUAUUGUACCAUUUUAUUGCUAAACAUACUUAGUGUUGUAUAGACCUGUUGGCUUUUUUAUGCUAUUGUUAGCAAUAUAGAAAUCUAAUGUGUUUGAGCGGCUGUCGUAAAGCUGCAUUACGUGCAAAUACUUGAACUAAAGCCAAAGCAAAAACAGACCAAAUUUGCCUUCUUUUCCGCCGAUGUGUUUUUAGGAAGUACUGUAGCCAACACCAGUUUGCUGUCAUGGCUAGAAAGCAGUGUGAAGUAGAAGAACUGUUUUUUGUUGAGUGGCCAAAAGACACAAAGGCAUAGGAAAAACUGCAAGAACACGCAAUUACUAUUAUUUCUGUGAACGAGCACUGACUACUUCUUGCUAUUGCCUAGUUUUGCCUGCUUUUAUACUUUACUACUUUUUUUAAACAUUCUUGCAGAUACUUCCUGUUCAUUCCAAACACGUUGACAUGUCUAGACAGUUGAAAGUGUUUUUUUUGGUUACAUUACCUCACAAGCGUGCAUCACUACGCUGUAAUGACACUGGAUGCUUGGCUUUUGUAAUCACUGGAAUUUGGUCGUGUACCAAGUGAGGACAACUACACUGACUUACUGUAAUUCUUUAAACGCACAAUCCUUAAUAGGCAGUUUUGUUCUAUGUUAAAGUCAUCUCUGGUGCUACAAAUCUUCCAACGGGAGCGUGACAACUCUCUUAAAGACCAAAAACCGUUUACAUGUUUCAUUCAUGCAAAAAAAAAAAAAGGAAUAGUUUGUCAUUUUGUACCCGUUUUGUAUUGACACAGUAUGUUGUUGCUUAUUUUAGCAAACUCUAGUACUGGUAAUCCCAUAGAGCGACCAGUGUCUUGUAGGUUUAACGGUUUUUUACUUUUUUAAUGUCUGUUUUAAUUUUAGCAAUAUAUUUGUUUGUUUACUUUUAAAUUUGUAGAACUUGAUUGCAAAAAAACGUAUUUUUUUCAGUACCUUUUUUGAUAAUUCCUCUGAACUUGUGGAACUAUGUGUAUUUUGAUAUAUUUCUAGAACUUGUUGGCAAUAAAGGGCAGCUUAGCUGAGUAAAAAACACACACUUGUGUUAUUAGUGAUACCCGGUCGCGGAGAACCUGUUGAGGAGACAAUAUGAAUUAAAACUCAAUGUCAGCCGGGUGUCCAACAUGCGGCCUGGGGGACAUUUGCUUUCUUUUGUAUUGAUCCACUGCACAUUGUAUAUACAAAUAAAAUAAAGUGGGACAUUUAAGAGAAUAAAGCUGUAAGUUUACGAGAAGAAAAGCCCUGAUAUUACGGGAAUAAAGUCGUAUAUUUCAGAGAAUAAAGUCGUACAUUUAUUAGAAAAAAAAGCCAUAAUAUCACGAGAACAAAGUCAUAAAUUUACAAGAAUAAAGUCCUAAACUUGCAAGCAUAAAGUUGUAAAUUUAUGAGAAAAAGUUGUGAAUUUAGGAGAAAAAAGCUGUAAUAUUGCAAGAAUAAAGUCGUAAAUUUACAAGAAUAAAGUUGUAAAUUUAUGAGAAAAAGUUGUGAAUUUAAGAGAAGAACGCCCUAAUAUUACAAAAUAAAGUUGUAAAUUUACAAGAAUAAAGGUGUAAAUUAAUGAGAAAAAAGUCAUACAUUCAUGAGAAAAAAAGUAAUAUUAUGACAAAAGGUAUAAAUUUACAAGAAUAAAGUCGUACAUUUAUGAGAAAAAAGUCGUAAAUGUACGACUUUAUUCUUGUAAAUUUCUAUUUAGAAAAAACGCUGUAACAUUACAAGAAUAGAGCUGUACAUUUACGAGAAUAAAGACGCACAUUUACAAGAAAAAAGCAGUAAUAUUACGAGAAUGAAGUCGUAAAUUUACGAGAAAGAGAGUUGUAAAUUGACCUGAAAAAAUCAUAAAUUUACAAGAAUAAAGGCGUAAAUUCAUAAGAAAAAAGUUUGAAGUAUCAAAAAAAAGUCAUAAAUUUACAAGAAUAAAAUUGUAAAUGUACAAGAAAAAAAAUUAUUCUCAUAAUAGAACAAGUUUUUUUUUUUUUUAUAAAAUUACGACAAUAAAGUCGUAAAUGUACAAAAUCUCAGAUUAUUUUAAUACUGCGUAAGAGCCAUUGCAUGAGAUAGCUGUGAAAAGGGGGAACUUCUGUGACCUUUGGUAAUGGGCAAAGGUGAUAUUACGACUUUUUUCCUCGUAAAUUUACAACUUUAUUCUCGUAAAUUUACAACUGAAUUCUCAAAAUCUGAUUAUUUUUUUUUCAAUGUGGGCCUAAUACUCCGUGGUAAAAUACAGCAAAAAGGCACAACGAAAACAGAAAAAGAUGAAAUGCUGACACCACUCAUGUCCUUUGGAUUUUUGCCCCUAAACCACUCCUGUGUCCAAUGACUUAUUCCCUGUAAACAAUAUAACAGUACAUAAAUUUACCACUGUCAAAAAUGUAACAAUAUACUGUAUGUACAAAAAAAAAGUUUGCGCAAAAAAACACGUCACUCUCAUCACGCAAGUAUCUAGAUACUGAAACUACUGUAGUUUUGCCUCGGUUUGCUUACAAUGUGGCGCGUGUCUUGUGGUGUUAUUA